AAGUCACGUGAUGAGAAUUAUUGCGCGUCGCGUCCAUUAUCGAUUGUCUCUUCGUUCGCGUCCCCCACCACCCUUCCCAUCGUCACUAGCAAUGUCGACCGUAUCGGCAUCCCAACAAGAAUUCGACUUCUGGGAAUUCGUCAAUUGUGCAAGAUGUCAGUUACCUGUCGCCUCCGACGCUGGCGCGACCAUUCCAUUCUGGUUGACGGAGUGCGGGCAUAUAGUCUGCAACAACCAUCUCAACGCUGACCAGAGUUGUGCUGUAUGCAGGUCGCCCGGCAUUCAGCUAGUGCCCCUUCAACGCGAGAUGGAACCACCAAUGUCUGAGUGGUUUCGUUCGAUACCGUAUGCACUGGACUCCAUUGCAUAUACAGCCAAAUUCCAGCAAGAUUCCAUGGCUACUCAGAUACGGUACUACAGGGCUAGACAUCAACAACAGCGGGCAUAUAUAGAGAAACUCAAGCGCGAUAUGGUGGAACUGAAAAGAGCGAAUCAGUAUUUAACGGAGGAAAUAUCAUCAUACCAGCAAGGUGUCCAUCCUUCACAGCAGCAGAUCUACCAUCGCAGAGAUGACCAAGAACCGUCGGAGAAUAUGAAUGCCCACGGGAAACGCCCCAUGGAUCAGCGACCAAUGACUACUUCUAGUCCCCAUUCCUCUUUGAUAGGUCCCGAUAGGCUCACCCUACCACCUGGCCAACAGCCUCCCAGUUUGUCAUACAACCGUGCAAACGGCAUAGCACCGCAAGCCGUCAACAAUGUUCGACAGCGACAACAGAGGCCAGCAUCUCGCAAUCUUACGCAGCAAUACGCUUAUGUCCCGCCCUCGACACCGCACAUGCCUCCACCUCAGUUACCGCACAUGCAGGCACCUCGAAAUGUACCAGGAGCGAGAGCGAAUCAAGAUACUUCACAGAACCAUACUGGGCUGCCACCAGCUGUUGUUCCUGCCCUCGCCAAGUUCAAACCCGCUCAAGUGCAAGGUAACAACAAACCACGGAAUAUGGGUCCGCCGCCCACGCCGUCGCAUGCACGAACGCAACAACGGCAAUCUGUCAAUGCGCCAACGAAUGCCAUUCCUUCUCGUCCGUCCAACCCCGGAGCACCCACCUCAAAUCGAUUCCUUCCUCCAGGAGAAAGGUUCGCUCCGCCGUCAUCAGCAGAUACUGGUGGAAAACGGUUCCUACCUCCAAAUCCGACGACAGGUCCUGAACACUUCGACUCUGCUCGUAAUGCUUCUCUUGCGGGGCCUUCGACUAGGGCAGUGCCUCGUGCUGGAACGGCUGUACCAAAUACUGUUGGAGGUGGAAGCCAAAGGAUGCCUUUUGUACCUGGACAAGGAUUCAGGUGAAGGAAGACUUGCUCCUCUGUGGCUGUCGUUUCCUUAUAUCGGUUGUUGCUAAGCUCGGAACUACCUGUGCCUAGAAAUAUUUACACAAUUUUGCUUCGAAAGUCAUAUAAUG